UGUGAAGAGCAACUUUAUUAGUUUAGACAUUUUAGUAGUUAUAGUGUGAAUUUUAUUUUCUGUUAUUUUAGUGUUUAUUGUGUAUAUGUGUUUUAUAACCUAUUCUUUUUACUAAUCUUGCUCUUAAGUUGUUUAAAAGCAAUUUUAGGUGAUGAGGAGGAUAGAUUAAUUUGGAGGACAAUGCUUGAGAAGUGGAAGAUUGGCAAUGGAUGGUUACCAAGUGCCAAGCUUCUUCAACAAAGGUAACCAGGAAUUUACUGAAUGCAUGUCUUUUAAAGAUGGUUUAAGAUGCUUAAAGGCUAAAUUUGAUGUUAUGAUGCUACAAGUUCAAAUGGACACAAUUAUGCAUGAAAUUGAGCAAGGGAGUAAUGUUAAUAUUUUUAAUUCUUAUCAUGUGAUUUGUGACUUGUGUGGAGGUUAUCAUGCUAGUAAUACAUGUAUGCAAGUACAAAAUGUGGAUUAUUAUGAUGAAUUAGAGCAUUACAAUCCUUGUUUUGAUCGAUAUAGUGCUAAUUGGAGUAAUUCUUCUGCUUAUGGUUGGGAUAAUCAAUGUACAUAUAGUGAUUAUCCAUAUUCUUAUGGUUACCAACGUGAAAGUGUCCAAUAUGAAUCAAAAUCAUCUUGGGAGUUGGCAAUAGAGAAGUUAGCUAAUGCACCUCUACCUUGGGAAUUAGGAAGUGAACUAUUAGCUAAUGAUUCUAAUGCAUCUUGGGAGCUAGCUGUAGAAAAUUUUUCUAAUCAAUUUGAAAAGGUAGCAAAUGCAACUUCUGACCGUUUUGAUAGGAUUGAGGAAAGAACAGAUGGAUUAACUUCUCACUUUGGUAGAAUGCAGCAAUUGAAUGCAUUAUGGGAAGCUAUUUCCUCUAAUAAUUUGCCAAAAGAUCCUAGCAUGAAUGGUGGGAAUGUUGUAUGUGAAAAUGGGUUGCAUUUUGAUCAAAAUGAUGAUUCUAACUUGUGUUUCAAUGAGAAAAUGUUCAUUUCACAUAAUAAUGUCUUUGGAGCUAACUUUGAAUCUCAAGAGGUGAGUUUUAAUGACUCAUUUUUCAUCCCUCUUAAGGAGUGUAUAAAAAGUACAGGUUUUAAAGAUAUUCCUACCCAAGGUACUCUUAUGGCAUUUCCUUUGGUGAAUUCUCAAGUGGUGCAUAUUCAAGGUAAUAUCUAUGAAACACUUGGGAUAGGUAAGUCACUUUCAUUUCUCACAUUAUUAGAUCAUGUGGCUUUUGCUAUAAAGUCACCAUUUAAUGAUCCACCACGUCCAAAAAUGGUGGAUUAUUCGUUAACUAAAGCUCCUUAAUAAUGACGUGAUAUAGUCAAGCUAAUGACUAUAAAGAAGUGUUAGUUGGGAGGCAACCCAACGAUUUCUUAUUUUUAGUAAGUUCUAGUUGUUUAACCAGCGUUUUUGUGUGUUUUGUAGGUGGCAAUGGCAAGGGUUCACGCAAAUGAUUUCAAUGACAAAAGUGUCUAUAUUGAGGCAAAAAGGGAGUUUUCAUGUUCAAUUGCUGCAUUUCAUGCAUUUAAAGUGUUUCAUGUUAAAAUUAUAAUCAUGCAUGAUCAUGCUAAACUUGGAUUUUAUUUAAAGAAUAUGAAAGCAAGUGGAUACUAGUAGAAUGCGAAAGAUUGGCCAAGCAAAUUUGGAGGAAAAACUACAGAAAACAGCUUUUUCUGCAGCAAAUCUGGCCAUAAAUCCGGCCAAAUAUUGGCCGGAUUGAAGGCCGGAUAGUCAGGGGAGAAAGAAAAAUUUUUUCGGGCUCACUGGCCAGAACCCGGCCGGAUUGUAAAAAAAAAAAAAAUUCUGGCUAGAAUCCCUCCAGCAAUCCCUCCACGAAUCCCUCCAAUUUCUGGCCGGAUUAUGAACAGUAACCAGCGUAAGAUGAAUCCGUUUCAUGGAUUCCUCACAAUUUUUCUCCCUUCUUCUUCAACCCAACUCACACACUAACACCUCAAACACACACCACUCACUACAACACCACUUUUCACCAUUUAAUCUACAAAUGACCUUCACCAAAUCACUUUCUCCCAUCCUCUAGAGUGAAUUUCAUAGUUCAUAUUCUUUCAAAAACAACUCUAAAGUGGGUUCAAGCUUACCAUUAGUUAAUGUUCUACCUUCUUGAAAUCACUCAAUUGAGGUCAAAGUGGAGUAAGUUUCUUGGGGUUUUCACAUCAUAUUCAUCACUUAACAUCACCAAACCAAUUUGAGGUAACAAUUCUUCACCUAACUUUGUUAUUUGAAUUUUGCCAUGAUUGAAUAUUUUCUAUUUUUAGGCAAAUUUUAUAUGUGAAGUUAGGUGUAUUUAUUUGAGCUUGUUGAUGCUAUUGGUGAUUGUUAGUGAUAAAUAAAUUUUGUGAUUUGCAUUUAUUGUAUUUAUUUGGUGAAUUAUUGCUAGUUUUAUGUUAAUUUGGCUUGGUAACAAAGUUGCAUAUUAAGUAGCCAAAUGUAGCAUUUUAAUUAGCUUAGUGGGAGUUUUUGAUAUUCAUGUGAGGAAUUUAGAUUACCUAACGAAUGAAAAGGUGCUUGAUUGAAUGAUUUCUUGAAUUCUUAGAUAAUUCUAAAAGAAGAGUUGAAUUGAAGAUGGUGUUAAUUGAUGAAAUUCAUAAAUGCACUUACAAUUUUUGUGGUUCAAUAGUUUUUUGUAUUUCAUGAAUUCUCACAAAAGUCAUUUAUAUUUUGGUUUGGUGUGUUUGCCUCCAUUUUGAGAUUACUUUUGUAAUUGAGGGAAUUUGAUCAUUGAUGACAAACUGUAUAAAUGGAACUUACUUUGUUUAUGAUGGUGGGUUUAUUUUGUGAAAUUAGCUUCCCUUUUCUUUGGAUACUAGUGCAUAUAUUUUGUCGCGCCCCAUUUUUGAUAAAUAAAUAAAAUGGUUGAAAAAUGUAUUUUUUUGUGAUUGGAAAAUGAAUUGU